AUCUCCCCCAUUUCUCAACCAUUUCAGCCCAUUUUUUUUUUAAAAUCCUCCAUUUUCGAUACUUAAUAACAUACACCUAAAAAGUUUUGAUUUUUUACCCUCUUUGAGUGUCAUCCGAACCCAAAUAGUAAAGUUUGGGUGUGAAAUCCGGCCACCCAUUUUUCUUGAGAAAUCUUUGAAUCUCAACCUCGUUUAAGUGUCGAGAUUUUUUACGGUGGUCGUCGGAUUGCGGUUAUUAGGGGUUCGGCAUAAUUUUGUGUGUAGCGUAUUUGGGCUUGCAAUUAUAGACAUGGCGAACUCAGAAUCAGGAUCUGAUUCGGGAGCAGAAAAUGAGUGUCCAACCACAAUACCUACACGAGGGCCGACGCAAAUGAAUGAAAUAUCCAAACUAAUGGAUCAGGGCAAAAGAGUGGCCCUCGAAGUUAAUGAUAAAGGUCAAUACUGUGGAAAAAGCUACGCGAAGCUCGUAUCCACUCUGGGAGUCAGAUGUCGGCAGACAAUAGGGUUGGCUUAUAAAAAUUGGAAAGAAGUCAACCAGACUCUGAAAAAUAAAGUUUGGAAAGACAUUCAGACGGGGUUCAUUGUGCCGGACACCUUCAAACAUGAUUGUCUCAUCCUAGCUGGGAAGUUAAUGAAAGACUUCAAGAAUAGGAUGACAAAAGACAUCAUAAUGCCCGCGUUGAAAGAGAAUGAUCUGGGACGACUGGCACAAGUCCCUGAAAAGCACCCGGAGAUCGACGCUGCUGAUUGGUGCAAAUUUGUUGAAAGUAGACUAACUCCUGAAUUUCUGGAAUUGAGUAAGGUGCAACGUGAACGUUCCUCAAAAAUUCAAUCCAGACAUCGAAGUGGUCGGAGUGGGAUGGUGAACGUACGGGAAGCUGUGAAAAAGGACCUCGAAGUUGCAGAUCCUCCCCGCCACCGUGUUUGGAUUAAAUCUCGCACCAAGAGUAGAAAACUUGUCACUGAUUACGACAAGGAAAUUGCCGAGAAGAUAGCUCAAUUAGAGGAGAAGCUUAGUCAGGGACAACUUCAGGUCCAGGGCCACAACGAUAUCCUCACGCAGGCGCUCGGGACACCAGAGCAUCCUGGACGUGUCAGGGCUGCUGGGUUCCUGACCAGGGCAUCUCAACUGUUCGGCAGGAAGAAAAGGGAAGUGUCUGAUGUUGUGGCUCGGCAAGCGAAGGAGAUUGAACAAUUAAAAGCCGAAGUCCAAUCCCUUAAGCAGCAGAGGAACGCUGCCGAACAAGAGGAAGAAGGAGAGGUGGCUGGUGAGGCGUAUGUUCCACAACCAUACGCUCCUCAGGAUGAGGUACAACCACAAAUUUAUGCUGAGGAGUUCAUUUCCCUCAACGACCAAGGUAUCCUAUACAAUUUUGAUGACCAAGCGGCCCUUACUCAGCAAGUACAUCUCUGCUCUGACAACAUCGACAAUAUUAUAUGUUAG